CUAACGGCACACCUCUCUGUGUACAGAACUCAACCAUGGGAAACUUUCAUCCAACCAUUAGGCAUCACCAUGACUUUGAUGCAGAACGAGAUUGCAAAAAGUUGUAUAAAGCGUGCAAAGGAUUGGGAACGGAUGAGAAAGCAAUUAUUGAAAUCCUGGCAAACAGAUCCACAGACCAGAGGCAAGAGAUUAAACACAAAUACAAGACAAUGUAUGGAAAGGAUCUAGACAGUGUUUUGAAGAGCGAACUGAGUGGUAACUUUGAGAAUACCGCCCUAGCUCUGCUAGACCGUCCUUGUGAAUACGAUGCACGGGAGCUAAGAAAAGCGAUGAAAGGAGCAGGAACCAAUGAAUCUCUACUCAUACAGAUCUUAUGUACAAGAGCCAAUCAGCAAAUCAGAGCAAUAAAGGAAGCAUAUAAAAGAUUGCAUGGUAGAGAUUUGGAGGCAGAUGUAAAAAGCGACACAAGUGGUUACUUCCAGAAAAUCCUAAUUUCUCUGCUACAGGCCAACCGUGAUGAGGGACUAGAUAUUAAUGAAGAUCUUGCUGGACAGGAUGCCAAGAGACUGUAUGAAGCUGGAGAGGCUCGGUGGGGUACAGAUGAGUCUGAUUUCAAUGUAGUUUUGGCAACAAGAAAUUACAUGCAAUUAAGAGCCACAUUCAAAGCAUAUGAGAUUCUUCAUGGGAAACAGCUUGAGGAUGUGAUAAAAAGCGAAACAUCUGGAAACUUGAAGAAAGCAUAUCUGACGAUAGUUCAGUGUGCCAAGGAUUGCCAAGGAUACUUUGCUAAGAAGCUGUACAAGGCGAUGAAGGGAGCCGGGACAGAUGAGGCUGCAUUAAUCCGCAUCCUUGUUACCAGAGCAGAGAUUGAUCUCGAGACAAUCAAGGAACGAUACCAACAACUCUACAAGAAAAGCUUAGCUGAUGCCAUUAAAUCAGACACAUCUGGGGAUUUUUGCCGAAUUCUCCUGGCAUUACUGCAUUAAACAUACAUUUUUAAGUAUCAAAAAUUUAAAGUACCCCAAAUCUAACGUACCCAAAAGAUUUCUCAUUCCUUACUGUUAACUUUCUUUUGAGGCCAAUAUUUACGUUUUAAAGUCUGUUAGAGAUUGUCUGUUUCAAAUUACAAUGUGUCUGUAUGAUUCACAUUGAUAACCGGGAUACUGCAAAUUUUCCUGAACCCCAAUUUCCUGUGAUGGAUGUUGCAUCAUGAACAUCAUGGGGAAUGUAGCUCACAGACCUCUGCAGUGUUAGGGCUAGUCUAAGCUAGAGGGGGGAAUACUGGAAUUGAUUACUGUUUUGGAAUAAAAUAAACAUUUUCUUAUUGACGAACAA